CCAGCACCACCAACAACAUCAUCACCAACAACACCAGCACCAAUAACAACAACAACAACAACAACACCAGCACCAACAACACCAACACCAACA